AUCAUGGUCAGCAGUAGUUGAGAGUUGGCCAGCAGUAUAGUUAGUUGUACAGCGGAUAUUAACUCUCGUUUACAGUUAGCCUCGUAGCCAACUACUUUUUUUGCGGAAAUUAAAUUAGACACAUUUUAUAAUGAAGAUGCCAGCCUGUCAACCUUUAGGAGAAAAUGAUAAUUCAAAUUGUUUAUGUCCUUCACCUACCACUUCAGAAGAAAGUUUACCGCACAAAUCACUACAUGGAAAAGUGGACCGAUCCAAACGUUUAAAGGCAAGCGCAAGAGAACGAAGACGGCGUCAUGUUUUAAAUGAUGCUCUUGAAAAUCUUCGGAGAAAAGUUCCCGUCAUCAAUGAAAAAUCAAAACAUAAGCUUUCAAAGAUUGAGGUUUUAAGAAUGGCAAUUGAUUAUAUUGCUAUGCUAAGCUAUUACUUGGAAUGCUCCUCAUUACCAGAAUACGAUCUUUCAACGGAAAUCCGGCAACGAAAUUAUGGCGUAACCUUGAAUAAAUUCAGUGAAGAACACAUAAUUUCAUUACAGAACUUGAGAUCUUAUCAGUGGCCGAACACACAAGCAAACGUGCAAAAUUUUCCAGCCCCUUUUGAGUAUUUCAAUGACGUCGAGUUUUGUUUGGAAAAUGUUCUUUGCCAGUAACAACGCCUUUUUAAUAACAUAAAAUGAAGAAUUCACCGGUCUACCGUGGUAACAACAAGUCGCUUUUGAAUAACCCGUUCAGAUUUACAAAAUCAGAAACAAAAGGUUUCCUAGAGUAUAAACAUAACGAUGCAAUGAAUUUAAACACCAUAGUAACAGCGGACUGCUUCAAAGAAUCUAUAUGCCAGGUGCAUUGGGAAGUGCAAAACGCUACUUGUAAAUACAAAUUUGUAUAUAUUACCUAUAACAUAUUUUUAAUAUAAUUUUUUUAAAUAAA